AAAUAUCAAAAACCCAAACACCACCUCUCUGACCCUUCCUCCAUUUUUCCCACUCGCCGAAGCGUCCGAGUUGCCGGCGAGUUAACUCGUAACUCAGCACACACUCAAUCACUCACCGAUUCUCCUUCAUUUUUCACCCCCUCAUUUCCUUAUUACCCAGAAACACAAAAUUUUGAAUCGUUUAAGAAGAAGAAGAUGAAUUCGGAGCUGAUUUUCAGAGGACACGAGAGCCAACCCGUGUCGGACACGUACACACCGAAGCAACCAAAGCCAUGGUUCUCUGUGACCCAACCGAUUCGCUACAUGCUCCGAGAGCAACGCCUGGUGUUCGUCCUCGUCGGCAUUGCUAUAGCCACCGUCGUAUUCACCCUCCUACCUUCCUCCUCCACAUCCCGUGUCGAGUACGGACACUUCACGAUCCCGGAAACGACGACACGGCUGAGCCAGUACGACCAAAAACCCAUGUACGAGCACCGCUCAGCUUUCCACAUGUACAGCUCCGGCAAAGUCCCCUUGGGGCUAAAACGCAAGGGUUUGCGGAUCGUGGUGACCGGCGGGGCCGGGUUCGUUGGGUCCCACUUGGUCGACCGUCUGAUGGAGCGAGGCGAUAGCGUGAUCGUGGUCGAUAACUUCUUCACCGGACGGAAAGAGAACGUGAUGCACCAUUUCGGUAACCCCAGGUUCGAGCUCAUCCGACACGACGUCGUCGAGCCUCUCUUGCUCGAGGUCGAUCAGAUCUACCAUCUCGCUUGCCCUGCCUCUCCUGUUCACUACAAGUUCAACCCCGUCAAAACCAUCAAGACCAAUGUUGUGGGGACAUUGAACAUGCUGGGACUUGCGAAGAGAGUGGGUGCGAGGUUUUUGCUAACGAGCACAAGUGAGGUGUACGGAGAUCCACUGCAACACCCUCAGGUCGAAACCUAUUGGGGAAACGUCAAUCCUAUUGGUGUUAGAAGCUGUUACGACGAGGGAAAGCGUACGGCGGAAACGUUGACCAUGGACUAUCAUAGAGGUGCAGGCGUUGAGGUGAGGAUUGCAAGAAUCUUCAACACCUAUGGACCCAGAAUGUGCAUCGAUGAUGGUCGUGUGGUCAGCAAUUUUGUUGCCCAGGCAUUAAGAAAGGAGCCUAUGACUGUUUAUGGUGAUGGGAAGCAGACUAGGAGUUUCCAAUAUGUAUCUGACUUGGUGGAGGGUCUGAUGCGCCUAAUGGAAGGAGAACAUGUAGGCCCUUUCAAUCUCGGUAAUCCGGGUGAAUUCACCAUGCUUGAACUUGCUGGGGUGGUCCGGGAAACAAUUGACCCAGACGCAAAGAUAGAGUACAAGCCCAACACAGAGGAUGAUCCCCACAAGAGAAAGCCUGAUAUCACAAAGGCUAAAGAGCUACUUGGCUGGCAACCAAAGGUGGAACUCCGCAAGGGUCUUCCUCUCAUGGUCUCAGAUUUCCGGAAACGUAUCUUUGGUGACCACAAGGAGGGUGGCGCUACUACUGCGUAAUUCUAAGUCAGGCAUAUAUACUUGAAGAGUGAUGACAGAGGGAAAAGAUAAUUGUUUCUUGGAAAGCAAUUCUCAGCUGUUUCCCUUCUCCAAACAAAAUACAGUAGCAACACCAAGAAGGCAGCAUUUGUGCUGCUUGAUUCUUCUUUGGAAUAGGUUUUAGGUGUCCCUUUGGCAUUUGAUUUCCAUCAUCUUAGUAAUUUCUGGGUUACAAGCCCAUUUAAGCGUAAUAGAUUUGUGAUUCCAAAAAGUUCCUUUCCUUAUUUUUUAAAUUUGAUUUGUUAAGAGGCCUACAGUAAUAGCUUUACCUGCUGCAUUCUCAUUCCAGCUUAAUUAUCGCAGUUCAGUUUGUUUC